AUGCGGGCGUUUAUGCGACCUCUCUGUCUCUUCCUAUACUACAUCCUACUUGUUUCAUUUGGCAAUGCAGCAGAACAAGAGCCACUUGGAGGAUCCGUUAGUGCAGCCCCAAAGCGGGUGGCAAUAAUCGGCGCCGGAGCCGCAGGCUCGUUUACUGCGUAUCAACUGCGCAAGCUCGCAGAUGAAGCCAACAUCCCUGUCGACAUCACAGUCUAUGAGCGUGAAUCAUAUGUCGGCGGCCGCUCAACAACUGUCAAUAUAUUCGACAACCCAGAGUACCCUAUUGAACUCGGCGCUUCCAUCUUCGUCCAGGUCAAUUAUAACCUGGUCAACGCUUCCCGUGACCUCGGCCUGACGGUUAAUAGUGCUGAUCAUGCACGGCCUAGGGAAACCGAUGAGAGUAUCGGGAUCUGGGAUGGGAACCAGUUUGUUUUCACGAUGAAGAAUUCGUAUAACUGGUGGAAUAUUGGCCGGCUCUUCUGGCGGUAUGGACUGGCGCCGCUACGUACUCAGAAUCUGGUGAAAAGUGUUGUUGGCAGGUUUCUCCGCCUCUACGAAGAGCCCUUAUUCCCCUUUACCUCUCUCACUAAGGCGGCUAUUGCGGCCGACUUGAUCAAUGCCACUGCAUCUUCUGGUAACGUGUUUCUCCAGGCAAACAGCAUCGACUCGCUGUUUGCGAGAGAAAUCAUCCAAGCGAGUACUCGAGUGAAUUACGGGCAGAAUCUGCCGCUGAUUCAUGGCCUGGAAUCCGUCGUCUGUAUGGCCACGGAUGGAGCGGUUUCUAUCAAGGGCGGAAAUUGGCGCAUUUUUGAUGGCGCCCUGAGAGCCUCGGGAGCGAAUAUCAAAGUGAAUACCACGGCAACCAAGAUCUUACGCAAUGAUGAUGGGACUGUUCGGGUGUCCUCAAAGCUACACACAGCUACCAACUCGGAGGAUGAAAUAUUCGACGAAGUUGUCAUUGCCGGUCCUUUGCAGUACUCGGAUAUCUCCAUCUCCCCUCCCUUGGAGUACACUCCAGAUGAGAUUCCGUAUUCCAACCUGCAUGUCACACUGUUUGCAUCCCCACACCGCAUCUCACCGAAGUAUUUUGGCCUAAAUGCUCGAGCGCCUGAGACUAUCCUGACUACUCUGCCCGAGGGCCUUGAUCUGGGUUCGAACCCAGCUGGUGUUGGGCCUAGUGGCUUUUGGAGCAUUAGUACACUUCGAACAGUAGAUGUUGUGGGAUCCGAAGGAGAAACACAGCAGCAUUAUGUUUACAAAAUCUUCUCGCCAGAGCGGCCCACGGCUGAAUUCAUUGCUCAGAUUCUAGGGCUGGAGGGUGAGACACCGAGGAGUAACACCACCAUUGGAGACCUCUUAAUAGGUGAUAUCAGUUGGUUCCAUGAGAAGUUGUGGAACCCAUAUCCUCUUGAGUACCCACGAGUGACAUUCGAGGAGACUCUUCUGGCUCCGAGUGUGUGGUACACGGGUGGCAUCGAGAGUUUCAUCUCGACAAUGGAGACUAGUGCGCUGAUGGGCCGGAACGUGGCAACUCUCAUGUUCCGGUCGUGGCAGCAACGAGAUGAUAGGGAGUUAUAA